GGAGGUGCCUCCACUAAGCCCUAUAGGAAGGAAGAGGAGGAGAAGAUGGCUGCCAUUCUGAAGGAGAAGAGAGAGAAGGAGGCCAAGAAGAAGGCCCUACAGGAGGAGCAGGCGGCGAAGCUGAAGAAGAUUGAGGAGGAGAUGGCCAGAGAGAAGGAGAGGUUGAAGAAAGAAGAAGAAGCGAAGUUAAAGGAGGUGGAAGAGGAAGAGGAGGAAGAUGAACAGCCGUUGGAAAGGAGGAGAGAGCAACGAGGGCAGUACAGUGGGAGUAAAAUUGAUGAGAUGGAGAAAAGGAUCUCAGAGUGGGUCACCAACUUGUCUUUGGGAGAAGAGGAGGAGGUUGCCAUGUAUAUUCCUAAGGACGAACAGGAGGCCGCCAUGAAAGAGUGGGAUGUGGAAGAAGAUGCCUUGAAGCGGCAGGCAAUGGAGGAUGAGAAAAGAAUGGAGUGGAAACUAAGAAUGAUGAAGGAAAAGAAGAGGAGAGUGGAAGCAGCGAGUGAGGCGGCCAGGGACCUAGAGCAAAUAAAGAAUUUGAGAGAGCAGAUGGCCGCCCAGGUGGAUCUCCAACGAAAGGUGGAGAUUAUUGCUCAGAGUGUUGAGCGCUUAGCCAGUGUACAGGGAGAACAGUAUGAGUUUAGUAGAAGUCGGGAUAUGGCCGUGCGCUCGAUGCGGAUGGGAUUUCGGGAUUUCGCCCGCGAACUGGUAGGCGCAGUUGGGGCCGAGGUGAAUCAUUGCCUCGAGAAGACAGAACGAUUAUGCGUGGGCGCCAUUGAAGGCGUCAAGCUGACCGCUCCCAAGGAGGAAGAGGCACGUCCUCGUAGGGAACCAGUCAAAGUCAAGUUCCCCGAUUCCUACAGUGGAAAGAGGGAAGAGAACUUUGACAAUUGGGAGACCAACGUCAAGACCUAUAUGCAUUUGCAACAGGUCUCCCCAGAUCAGCACGUGCUAAUUGUCAUUCAUGCGCUUAGAGAUGAGGCCGCCAGUUUCGCAAGGUCCCUAGUCCGCGCUGCUAACUGCAACAAUGAUGCAGUGGCCUACUCAUCGUUCACUCCCCUCGCCGAUUUCAUGAAAUUGUUGCGCGAGCGGUUUGCGGAUGCCGCUCGUAGUGUUAAAGCCUCAGAUAAGCUCCAGACCAUCCAUGCUCAUAAAUGGACGAGUGUCAGGGCACUCAAGGGCAUGAUGGACGGAUUAGUGGCUGUUCCUGACCAUGGGGUCACUGAGACCCAGUUGGUCAGCCUCUUCUAUCGAGCUAUGCCCGAAGCCUUUCGAGGGCAGUUCUUCGCAAAGAGUGAAGAACCUGCCACCACUUAUGAUUCCCUUAGCCGUGAAGUGGUGUCUUUUGAAGCAAAGUCAGUGGAGAAAGUUCUCCAUUCCCUGACUCUCGUCGUAGAGGAUAGCCUCCCGUUUGACAUAGUCCUAGGUAUGGACUGGGGAGAGGCAGCAGGGGCCACUCUCCAUUUGAGAGAGCACAAGUGUAGGCUCCCUAGCCCGUCAGGCGGCAUCAAGACUGUCCGGCUGUUCCAUGUGUCAGGAGUAGACGACUCCCUGACGCAUUGCUGCCUUAGUGCUCUUGCGUUCGCAAGGCUAGUGAAGAAGGAGCAACUAGAGGAACAGGUUUUUGUAGCCUAUGUUAGGCCAGUAACUGAGCCCAAGGAAGAGAAGCCUAUAGACCUUGCUAUUGCCAAGCUGCUGGAGGAGUUUAAAGAUUUAGCUGAGCCGCCGAUAGGAGUAGUACCGCGGCCUAUCCAGCACCGUAUUGAGAUUGAGCCUGGCAGUAGAACUCCCAAAGGAGCCGUGUAUAGGAUGUCUCUGCGGGAAUUAGAGGAGCUGCGCAAGCAACUAGACGAGCUCCUCGAGGAGGGUUGGAUUAGGCCCAGUUCGUCUCCAUUUGGAGCACCUGUCCUGUUUGUCCCCAAGAAGGAGGGAGAGCUUAGAAUGUGUAUAGACUAUAGGGGUCUGAAUGCUAUUAUAGUCGCCGGCGCGGAUGGGACGUGGCACGCGAUGCCUGUUGGCUUGCUGCUGCAUGCGGACUUGAGCCUUUUGCAUAUUUGCGCGGGCUUGAGCCAGCAGUUCCCUGUACUUCCGGACGGAAGCAGGAGAGCAAGCGGCAUCGAUGUCGGCUGGUCGUGGGAGGAGAAGGUCGGUGAAGAUAUGGCCUUUCCGUCCACUGUGGUGCAACUCGAAUGGAGUCACACCAAUCGCCGGGUGGACCGAAGUGUUGUAGGCGAACUCGAUGUCGGGGAGGCGGUCAACCCAAUCUUUCUGGUUCAGACGGAUGAGCGUACGAAGCAUCAUUUGAGCGGUUUGAUGUGCCCGCUCCAUCUGCCCGUCUGUCUGUGGAUGCCAAGCCGAACUUGGCUUCAUCUUCGUGCCGGACUCGUGCAUGAGUGCAGUCCAAAAUGCCGAUAUGAAGCAAGUGUCGCGGUCGUUGACUAUGUCUUUCGGUACACCAUGGCCGCAAAUCCAGCCAGUGUGCAGGAGGCGUGCCAGCUCGGGAGCCGUGGAGUAGUACUUGCAAGGGAGAAAACGCGCGUACUUACUCAAUCGGUCCACGACCGUGAGGAUGCCGUUGUGUCCGAGGCGGUCGCCGGGGAAUGGUCCGGUGACAUCCAUCGCAAUGGAGAGACCGGGUUCCUGCGGGAUCGGCAUCAGGCGCAGCUCGCUGUAGGGGUUGCGGUUGCGGGGUUUGCUUCGUCGGCAAACUUCGCAAGAGUCGCAAUACCUCGUGACAUCAGUGAUGAGGUCAGGCCAUCAGAAUUGCUGUCAAAGCUGUGCAAUAGUGCGGUUGACUCCGAAAUGGCCGGCGAGUCGCGAAUCAUGAUACUCGCCAAGGAGGCGAGUUCGAAGACGGCGGUCGCGUGGGACACAUAGUAAGUCCUUGCCCCGCGAGUGCAGGAGCAAGUACCCAUCGACGAUGCGAUAGUGGCUGGCCGGUGGGUGAUCCGAAGAUAGCUGCGCAUAUAGCGUGGCGAGAUCUGGAUCGGACUUGUAGCCCCUGAUAAAGUGUCGCUGAAACU